UAUAGGUUAUGUUCUAUGACUGAACUGACUGAAACCAAGUCACCAUUCGUCGACACUGACAUACCACCACCCGCUGUUCAAAAAACCAACACGGUAUCUACCCAAACAGAAGAAUUGUCCUGCCAAUGUGGCAAUCUUCUGCAGAUGACCUGUGACUCGUGUAGCGACAGGGGCAUGGUCAGGUCUGAAGGAAACUACAACCUGGCGUCCGUCAGCCCACAGAGUGCGAAAGAAGAUGAAAAGAAGAUAAAGAAGCAUAAAUGUGAUACAUAUUGUGAUAAUAAUCAUAGUAUUAGUGAUAAUAGCGACAUUAUAAAGCGACCUAAGCUGCGGAGGUUCUUCCCGAUUGUGGACAAAAUCGAGAAGAUUGUGACGGAUCGGUUUGCGCAGAGGGAGAACGAUAUCCAGGAGUUGCAGUUGGAGAAAGAGGACACGGUGUUCUCUCGCCCGCGGGAGUCCAAGAGACAGAAGACUUAUUCUAUAAACGAUGACGACUAUGUGUUUUACGAGAAGUGUGACUACGGGACGUUUGACCGCGCGGAGAACGUUGAGGAGUCCCCUAAAGAGGAGUCCCCCCCGGAGGUGUCGGACAAGGGGUUCAAGUUCCCUGAUCCGAAGAAGCAGGACAAUCAGGUGCCGUCCCCCACUGAGAUGGAUAGGUUUCGGUGGCGGUUCGAUUCUGCGGCUUCUAUGGUGUUCCAUACGAAGACUGGUCUGCCGCUGACCUCGAGUCCAGCGCCGCUGCGGAGGGGGAACAACUGCUUCGAUUUCGAUGAUUCGAUUAAUGGCAUUUCGGGGAUCAAGAGUGCAUCCCCCCGCAGCGCGCUGUUCGCCCCCCGUCCCCCCGCGGCCCCCCCGGCCAGCGCGGCGCCGCCCCCGCCGCCGACCCCCCCACACGCCAACAUCAAGAUGCGGCCUAGCACUGGAUUACUUGGUAGUUUCGAAGAAUCAGCUCUGAAGGGUCGUUUGGAGCCAGUGGCGACGGUGCACGGGUUCACGGCCGAGUUGGGCGCGUACGGGUCAUUCUGUCCCCCCCACAAACGUCUGCCGGUCACUGUGUUCUUCUACGCACCGGGGGGUACUAAUGCACCGUAUAUGGGCCACAUCAACCUGGGGCCCCGCGGCUACCGCGUGGCGCGGUCGGGCACGGUGCAGGUGUCCCUGUUCAACCCGCACGGCACCCUGGUGAAGAUGUUCGUGGUGCUGUACGACCUGUCGGCCAUGCCGGGCGGCGCGCGCACGUUCCUGCGCCAGCGCACGCUGUACAUGCCGGCCGCCGCCGCCGCGCGCCCGCCGCCGUCCCACGCGCACAAGUGGCUGCGGUACCUCAUACAUCUGCGAUUCAUGACAUCGAAAUCCGGUAAACUGUACCUGCACACGGACAUACGUAUAAUUGUGUCUAGGAAAGCCGAUCUCGACACGGCCACAGCCCAUUCCGCCUUAUUCCGACCUCUGCCGACUAAUUCCGAGCCGAAUUCGUCCGAAACCGAUCCGAAUUCUUCUGACCGAAAACCGAAUCGAGUUUUCGGCGGUUGUUCAGACUAUGACGACUAUGAAAACCAGAACGGUGUUUCGUACGAGCUUAGGAGUUUCACCUAUGCGCCGGACAAUCCGAAAUAUUCUCCCCGAUACCAAAACCAUUCUUUACCAAUACAAUGCGAAUUUCAAUCUUACCACAUUCAUAAUAAAACACAUUAUCGUUUAAAAUCAAUUUCAAAAUGUCGUAUCUGUCAAAAUAAUGUCAACUGUCAAGCAAGCGUUAGUCCGUCCGUCAGCCCACAGAGUGUGAAAGAAGAUGAAAAGAAGAUAAAGAAGCAUAAAUGUGAUACAUAUUGUGAUAAUAAUCAUAGUAUUAGUGAUAAUAGCGACAUUAUAAAGCGACCUAAGCUGCGGAGGUUCUUCCCGAUUGUGGACAAAAUCGAGAAGAUUGUGACGGAUCGGUUUGCGCAGAGGGAGAACGAUAUCCAGGAGUUGCAGUUGGAGAAAGAGGACACGGUGUUCUCUCGCCCGCGGGAGUCCAAGAGACAGAAGACUUAUUCUAUAAACGAUGACGACUAUGUGUUUUACGAGAAGUGUGACUACGGGACGUUUGACCGCGCGGAGAACGUUGAGGAGUCCCCUAAAGAGGAGUCCCCCCCGGAGGUGUCGGACAAGGGGUUCAAGUUCCCGGAUCCGAAGAAGCAGGACAAUCAGGUGCCGUCCCCCACUGAGAUGGAUAGGUUUCGGUGGCGGUUCGAUUCUGCGGCUUCUAUGGUGUUCCAUACGAAGACUGGUCUGCCGCUGACCUCGAGUCCAGCGCCGCUGCGGAGGGGGAACAACUGCUUCGAUUUCGAUGAUUCGAUUAAUGGCAUUUCGGGGAUCAAGAGCGCCCUGUUCGCCCCCCGUCCCCCCGCGGCCCCCCCGGCCAGCGCGGCGCCGCCCCCGCCGCCGACCCCCCCACACGCCAACAUCAAGAUGCGGCCUAGCACUGGAUUACUUGGUAGUUUCGAAGAAUCAGCCCUGAAGGGUCGUUUGGAGCCCGUGGCGACGGUGCACGGGUUCACGGCCGAGUUGGGCGCGUACGGGUCAUUCUGUCCCCCCCACAAACGUCUGCCCGUCACUGUGUUCUUCUACGCACCGGGGGGUACUAAUGCACCGUAUAUGGGCCACAUAAACCUGGGCCCCCGCGGCUACCGCGUGGCGCGGUCGGGCACGGUGCAGGUGUCCCUGUUCAACCCGCACGGCACCCUGGUGAAGAUGUUCGUGGUGCUGUACGACCUGUCGGCCAUGCCGGGCGGCGCGCGCACGUUCCUGCGCCAGCGCACGCUGUACAUGCCGGCCGCCGCCGCCGCGCGCCCGCCGCCGUCCCACGCGCACAAGUGGCUGCGGUACCUCAUACAUCUGCGAUUCAUGACAUCGAAAUCCGGUAAACUGUACCUGCACACGGACAUACGUAUAAUUGUGUCUAGGAAAGCCGAUCUCGACACGGCCACAGCCCAUUCCGCCUUAUUCCGACCUCUGCCGACUAAUUCCGAGCCGAAUUCGUCCGAAACCGAUCCGAAUUCUUCUGACCGAAAACCGAAUCGAGUUUUCGGCGGUUGUUCAGACUAUGACGACUAUGAAAACCAGAACGGUGUUUCGUACGAGCUUAGGAGUUUCACCUAUGCGCCGGACAAUCCGAAAUAUUCUCCCCGAUAAUUCGGACGAUUUCGGUAUUUUCGGAUUUUUCCGUCAUUCUAGUAGUUUGGUGGUUGUCGGUAUUUUCGUUUUAGUCCCUGUAUGUAAUGAUUGUUUAACUGUAUGUAUUAAUGAGAAAAUAUAUUUUUGGUUUUUAUAAUAA